AUGGCCUCCCCGCCCGCCGGCGGCCUCGCGCUGUCCUCCUCCUACCAGCCCGACCUGUGCGCCGCCCUGGGCUCCCCGAUCUUCGCGCCGCCCGGCGCGGGCUCGCAGCUGAUAGAGAGCAUCCAGCAGUCCGCCGCCGACAUCCGGAUGGAGGCCGCGGCGCUGGCCACCGCGAGCGUCUGCGCGGGGGGCAAGAAGCGCGUCAGCGAGGCCAUGAGGUCCGCCCAGGCGAGCCAAGAGGAGGCCAGGCGCAUCCUCGCGGACAUGCCCGCCUCGGGGGGGGGCAGCUUCUCCGACGCCCGGCCCGAGCAGGGCAGUGUCGAGAAGAGCCUCGCGGACGCCAGCAGCGCGGUCACGGCCGCGAGCAGAGAGUACAAGGCCAAGCAGGGCCUGCGGGCGGUGGCGCGGGAGGUCCAGGACGUGUCGCAGGCGGAGGUCGAGACGCACGCAGAGCUCGCGGAGGAUUACGCCCGGGACGCCGUCAGGGUGAAUACCAACGUGCAGCAGAUGAACCAGGUGGUUUCCGACUUGGCUCGGAUCACCACGAGCCAGGGUGAGUCAGUCAGCAACAUACUGUCUCUGAUCGAUUCGGCCUCGGAGAGUGCCAGGGAUGCCAGCCGAGAGGUGGUCCGGCACAACGAGCGGCAGCAGCGAACCACCAAGAGGAUGCUGCAAUUGGUCUUGCUCGCAGUUCUGCUUGUGGUGCUUAUCGAGAACCGGCUGCUGCCGCAGCUGCUCCAGUUCGUCACUGGCAGCGCGCGGGUUCCCGUGGGCGGCUUCCGGGAGCUGGUGGGCUUCAACGGCGCGAAGCACCCCUUCACGCUGGCGAGGGGCAGCCACCUGUCGCCGGAGAGCCUGCCGAUGGCGCACGCGUGCAUCUGCACGCUGGACCUGCCCCCGUACAAGGACUACGAGACGUGCAGGGCCAAGAUGGUGCAGAUGCUCGCGCUGGGGCGCGGCCACUUCGACGACGCGGCCGCGCACGCGAGUUUCGACGACGACUAG